GCCUAGUUUAAGAUAAAAGGGUUUUGGAAAUCUUAAACUUACCUUCACUUAAGGCCAACCAAAAACCGACAGCGUAGUGUUCACUGUUGGGUGGGUGGUACCCCCAAACGAGUAGGUACUCAAGUUUGGUUCUUGGAUCCCAUGGACCCUUAAAAAUCCAAAUGGAGAAUCCAGAGAGGAUCCAACCAAUUCAAAUGUAUUCCAGUAUAUACCAAAGCCCAUGGAGAAAUGGGAUGAUAGAGAUUGCAAAAAGCACAAUCUGGAUAACAUCGCCAACGCAGUCAUCUUCAAGACACUUGAUCCCAUCACCUUUUCCAAGAUCGAGCAUCUCAAGACUACCAUGGAGAUAUGGCAAGUAUCUUUUGACCUGCUGGAUGAAAGAUUCCACAAAAUCUUAAGUGAUCUUGCAUCACUUAACCACGUUCUUCCUCCCAAAGAAAAGAAUGUAAGGAAACCUGGCCACUGGAAGUCAGCAUGUCCGUACCCAAAGGUGGAGAAGUAUGGAGAAAGAGAAAGGAACGAGAAGAAGAAGAAGGCAAUGGUGGCAGCUGAGAGUGACGAGUCAUCCAGCUCAAGCUCGGAUGAAAAAACCCUCGUCUGCAUGGAGCGGAGAGCUGAGAAGUCCAACCAUGAGGAUCGGUGGACCAUGUCUGAAGAUGACACUCUCUGCCUAAUGGCCAAAAAUGAUGCUGAUCAAGAGGUAACUUCACAAACCACCUGUUCAUCUUAUUAUGAAAGCAUACCAACUUUUAAAAAUCUUUUUGAGAAGUUCAAAAAGAUGAUGGAAGAUUUUGAGGAAAUAAAUCUUAAACACUCAUCCUUAUCAGAAGAGAACAAACUAUUGAGUGAAGAGAAUCUCAAGUUGACUGAAGGUCAGAAAAGUCAACUAAGUGAGAUCACUCAAAUUAAGGCUGGGAAUGAAUCUCUUUCUGAAAAGGUGAAAUCCCUCAAGAAGGAGCUAGGAAUACUGAAGUCCAAAGAAGCAGUGGAUAAGCUUCUUGAAACGACCAAACAUAAGGGUCGUGAAGGACUUGGGUUUGAUCCUUCCAGUUCCAAAAAGAAAGGGAGAACAACUUUUAUUCCUCCCAAACCUACUGCCAAAUCUAAUAAGCAGAAAGGUAAGGAGAAGGAAAAACCUACAGAAGUUCCCAAAAAGCUAGUCCCUCCUAAGAACUAUAGGAAGCUGGACACACCUCAAAAAGAAGCCGCUAAGCACCCAGGUGUCUGGUACUUAGACAGUGGCUGCUCAAGACACAUGACGGGUGAUGCGAGCCUUUUGAGCAAUCUAAUUCCCUAUGAUGGUCCAAGAGUUACUUUUAGAAGAAGCAAUGAUUUUGGCCUUACAAAAGGGCUAAGAAAUCUGGUGUAUAAGGGACUAACCAUCCAGGCUGUAUCUUAUGUGGAAGGUCUCAACUAUAACCUUCUUAGCAUAAGUCAAUUUUGUGAAAAAGGUUAUUCUAUGGAAUUCUACAAGGACAUGGCAUCCCUCAAGAACAUCUCCACAAAUGAAGUCAUUCUCCCUGGGAAGAGAAUCAGAAACAUCUACAAAGUGAUAUGGGAUGAUGUCAAAGAGAGGAGAGAGAAGGGUUUUCCGGAAAACUUUCCAUCAUCCUCCCCGGUUAGUCUACCAAUACAGCAGGAGCGUAGGAAACUCUUCUCAGAGCUUUUCAAUGACGAACAAGUGGCCAUUGGCAAGGUGGCAGGUCUUCACAGAGGAGUACCCUCGGUCAUCUUCUCCAUGGAUGAAAUCAGGAAGCUCUCCAAUGACCUUAAUCUUGUGCUCGUUGGCAGAAGCAGUACGUCUAUCCCCACACAGUUCAUCAGGAAAACCCUUCUCUCCCUUGGCUUCAAGUACAUCAGUGUACAGGCUAUCUCCACUCUUUUCACCAUUGCCUCGGCUUUGGGAAGACCACUUAAAAUGGAUGACUCCACAGCACUGGGACAAAGGCUAGACAGGGCCAGGAUUUGUGUGGAGGUUGACGCCUCUCUUCCCCUUCCCCCUUUCAUCCACAUCAGGCAGGGGGACUCUGACCUUUCCUUCCCCUGCAUCUUCGAAAGGCCUCUUUCUUUCUGUAGUGCGUGCAGUGUCCUGGGGCAUGCAAGUGCAUCUUGUCUCAAAAAAACCGCCGGAGAAGUCCACACCGGUGGUAAAGGAAAGGUGGCAGCCACCGGAGGUGCAGAUGGUGGUUGGACCAUUGUGCAGAGAAACAGACGAUCCAAGAAGAAAGGGACAACUCAUGGGGCCACCCAUGUUUGGAGACAAAAGGGCCAGUAUACAUCCACCACCCUUCCCACAAUGCUCCAUGUAGAAACAUCCAACGCCAGUACGCUCCCCACUUUUCUUAAGCAGACCGUCCCACCUCCAGGUUGUUUUGACCUUCAAGGGGAUGACCAUAUUAUUUUGGAGGUUACUGAUGUAGAAGAUCCUCAUUCUAGGCAGGACCCUACCUCUACAACGGGUACUGAUGUCAUUUUAACCCAGGAGCUACCACUUAUCCCCUCUACCCCCCUCCUAAGCUUGGAUGAUUCUAUGACCCAUUCUAUUCAGGUAGAUCCCACUUUCACUAUCCUCACUGCCCUUGGACUCUACGACCUUUACCCUGCUACUGACAAGGAUAUCUUGCCCCCUAUCCAUUGCCACUCUGAAGGAGAAUAUCAGCCCUUUCUUAAAGGGGUGCUUGAACCUCUACCUCUCUCUCUUAAAGGGAAAAGGCUCAACAAUGUAACUGCCUACAGGGUACAAGGAAGAAGAAGGAUCAAAUCCCUUGUUAAGUCUCAUUCUCUCCCCUUUUUAGCUUUCUUUGAGCCUAUUGUUGCCAGUCGGGCUGGUUCUGAUCACAACCCUUUCUUGCUUGAAUGUACAUUAGUAGGAAACUCAGGACCUAAAGCAUUCAGAUUCCUGCACGUUUGGCUCUCUCAUCCCUCUUUCCUCCCUGCUUUUGAUGGUUACUGGCGUAAGGCUCCUACCUGUGGUGAAGAGGAAGCACUCAAUUCUGAAUUGGCCUAUGACUCAAACCCUUCCUCUCAAACCAGGGAAACUUGGGCACAAUCGAAGGCCAAACUUGUUUUAGCCACCAACAAGGAAAUGGAGUUUUGGAAACAAAAAGCAAACCUUAAGUGGUUAGAAAAGGGUGAUAGCAACACCAAGCUCUUCCACUCCUUUGUGAAGGGUAGGAAAUCUAAACUUGGCAUUGCUCACAUCAAAUAAAAUAUACCGUUGGAUUUGUCUCUUCGAGACCUAUCCAUAGAAGUCAAUCUUAACAAAAAUCAUUGACUCCAAAAAUUCCUUCAUUUUUGGUCAAACAUAGAAAUAAUGCUUUGUUGAGUCAAAAUAUACUUUUAUAAUAGAAUAACUUUUAGACCAUGUUUUGGGGCGUUACAUGUUAUCUAUUUCACACAAUAAUAAUUACUACUAAUGUAU